GAAGAUAACAUAUUGCGAGAGAAAAAGUAAUUAUUCAAUAUUAGUGGACUGUAUGUGUUUUUAAAAUAGUGAGAAUUACGCAGUUUAAUAUCUUAUCUAAUAUGUUGAAUAUUCUUAAGUAUAAUAAAACUAAAUAUAUUGAUGCCUACUGAAUGUCCCUUGGUAUCAACGUACAUGUUCAUUUUUGAACAAUUUCAUUAUGUCGAAAAGAACAUAAUUAAGUAGUUCACAAAAAAGAAAAAAAGUUACAGCUAAAAAAGAAACAACGGAAAAACUUCAAAAGCUCACUUCGUUUUUUACGGUUGAAGAAACAAAUAAGGCAAGGAAUUAUUCAUUAUCAUCACCGCAAGACAAAAGUACUUCUGAAUGUCUCCAGCAAAAAGAGGUUACAUGUGACGAAAAUGACAAACAUACAUUAGAUGCUGAACCAUCGACUUCAAGCCACUGUAAAUUAAUAACUGCAAGCUUAGAUAAUGUUUCUGCGUCUCCUGACCCUGGUACUUACUGUGACGACAUUUUACCGGAAGAAGUCCGUGAUAUUUGGCUUCGAAAAGGACCAGAGUUUUUCCAAAAUAUAAAUAGUGACUUCUCUGAAACUUUUACAAGUUUUCCAGAUUCAAAGGGUAAAGAGAAAACUACAUAGAUACUUAACUAAAAACAUUUUUAUUCGUAAAUUGACGAACGGUAAGUCUUUACAAAGAAAAUGUCUCCUUUAUUCACUAGCAAAGAAAUCUGUAUACUGUUAUUGCUGCCGUCUAUUUAAUACCACUACUGGUACUGGACAUAAUUUAAGUUCUCCUAAUGGAUAUAAAGAUUGGAAGCAUAUAAGUAACUUAUUGAUAGAGCAUGAGAACAGUUUACAGCACAGGGAAUUUAUGAUGAAUUAUGUUGUAAGAAUGAAAACUACUGGACGAAUUGAUACUGAGUUGCUGUCCCAAUAUAAAGGGUGAUUUUUUAAGAGCUUGAUAACUUUUUUUAAAAAAAAAACGCAUAAAAUUUGCAAAAUCUCAUCGGUUCUUUAUUUGAAACGUUAGAUUGGUUCAUGACAUUUACUUUUUGAAGAUAAUUUCAUUUAAAUGUUGACCGCGGCUGCGUCUUAGGUGGUCCAUUCGGAAAGUCCAAUUUUGGGCAACUUUUUCGAGCAUUUCGGCCGGAAUAGCCCGAAUUUCUUCGGAAAUGUUGUCUUCCAAAGCUGGAAUAGUUGCUGGCUUAUUUCUGUAGACUUUAGACUUGACGUAGCCCCACAAAAAAUAGUCUAAAGGCGUUAAAUCGCAUGAUCUUGGUGGCCAACUUACGGGUCCAUUUCUUGAGAUGAAUUGUUGUCCGAAGUUUUCCCUCAAAAUGGCCAUAGAAUCGCGAGCUGUGUGGCAUGUAGCGCCAUCUUGUUGAAACCACAUGUCAACCAAGUUCAGUUCUUCCAUUUUUGGCAACAAAAAGUUUGUUAGCAUCGAACGAUAGCGAUCGCCAUUCACCGUAACGUUGCGUCCAACAGCAUCUUUGAAAAAAUACGGUCCAAUGAUUCCACCAGCGUACAAACCACACCAAACAGUGCAUUUUUCGGGAUGCAUGGGCAGUUCUUGAACGGCUUCUGGUUGCUCUUCACCCCAAAUGCGGCAAUUUUGCUUAUUUACGUAGCCAUUCAACCAGAAAUGAGCCUCAUCGCUGAACAAAAUUUGUCGAUAAAAAAGCAUUUCGAACCGAACACUGAUUUUGGUAAUAAAAUUCAAUGAUUUGCAAGCGUUGCUCGUUAGUAAGUCUAUUCAUGAUGAAAUGUCAAAGCAUACUGAGCAUCUUUCUCUUUGACACCAUGUCUGAAAUCCCACGUGAUCUGUCAAAUACUAAUGCAUGAAAAUCCUAACCUCAAAAAAAUCACCCGUUAUUACAGAAAUUAACUAUUGGAAGAAUGUGCUUAGGAGGAUUGUUGCAGUAGUGAAAUUUUUGGCUUCUAGAGGUCUUGCUUUUCGUGGCGAUAAUAAGACAUUAGGAUCGCAAAAUAAUGGGAAUUAUUUGGAAUGCUUAGAACUGAUUAGUGAAUUUGAUCCUUUUCUUGCUGAUCACAUACAAAACUGCGGAAAUCGUGGAAAAGGAAGUACAUCAUAUUUAUCGGCAAAUAUUUGUCAUGAUUUUAUUAAUUUAAUGGGACAGCAAGUUUUGAAAACCAUUGUCAAAGAACUUAAAUCAGAAUCUAUUAGCGUAGAUUCUACGCCAGAUCUGUCCCACGUUGACCAACUAACUUUCAUAGUUAGAUACGUAAAAGACGGACAGCCUAUUGAGAGAUUUAUGCAAUUUUUGCCCAUGGAUAAACAUAAUGCGCAAUAUAUAGCAGAUAUCAUUUUAAACUUUUUUGAAAGCCUUGAUAUUCCUAUAAAAGAUUGUCGCGGGCAGUGCUAUGACAAUGCAUCAAAUAUGUCUGGAAAAUACUCUGGUGUUUAGUCAAGAAUAAAAGAAAUUUGCGAUUUACGUUCCAUGCGCGGCACAUUCGCUAAAUUUAGUGGGUGUUCAGGCUGUUGAGUGUGUUACUGAAGCGGUAUCAUUCUUUCAAUUUGUACAAAAAUUGUUAAAUUUUUUCUCGGCUUCGACAAAACGAUGGAAAAUUUUGACAGAGCAUUUAGGAGCAAAUAGAGUCCUAAAGUCCCUUUCGGAAACUGGAUGGUCUGCACGUGCCAAUGCUAUUAAUGCUUCGCAAAAUGGUUAUUUAAAUAUUUCUGAAGCAUUGUCUUCAAUCGCAAGUGACACCAAUCACCCAGGAGACACUAGAAAGGAAGCCCAAAGCCUAGAAAAAAAUGGGAAAAUUUGAGACUGCUCUUCUAACGGAAAUGUGGAAUGAUCUUUUGGGAAUUAUAAAUAAAACAAGUCCAAGUUUACAGAAUAGCACCCUGACCAUGGACGUUGUAACGAAACUUUACGAAUCUCUGAUCAGAUACGUCAAUACCGCACGCAAUCAUUUUGAUCAGUACGAAACGGCUGCUAAAGAAAAAAAUCCAUUUGCUGACUACAAAGAUACAUUUGAAAGAAAAAAAUUCGCAGCACAAGCAUCACGUUUUUUGAAGGAUCAUCAGAGACUGCACAAUCUAUCUUUUCUACGAAUACCUUCCGUUAUCUGGGUUCUAGACACUUUAAACGGCAUUUUUUAUCGAGUAAAAUGCACAACAAACACUUAUAACCUCAAAAUGAACUUCGUAGUUUAACGAGAAAUGACCAAACAAAAUAUUUUCCAGUAGUUUACCUUAUAUAAAGAAAAAAGGGACAAGAAUAACGGCUAACAACAGAUGAGAUGCAGCUGCGUUUUACCUACUGCGCCCUCAGCCUCUACCUGACCGCGAGCAUCCACCUUUUCAUGGCUGUAACUCCGAAACUAUUAGUCGGAUCAACUUGAAAAUUUAGGACAAUAUUCUAGGGAUGUUAUAGAAUUUAAUAAGAUACAAAUUUUUUUAGAUUUUUUGAAACUGUGAAACUCAUGGAACCCCAUAAAGAAUUUUGUAACGAAAAUAAAAUUGAGCAUAUAAAAAUAACAACAGGCAUUCUUAGAGGCAAUGGACAAAUCGAAAAAGUCCAUAGAGAAAUUAUUUCUAUGUUGUCUAAGUUGUCGGCUAAUGAUCCAGCGAAGUGGUACUAGUAUGCAGCUAUGGUACAAAAAGCUAUAAACGCGCACGUUCACUCGUCAACAAAAUUUACACCCUACGAAAUUAAGUGUAGAGUAAAGAUGAAAAGCGAAAUGUCACAUUAUAAAACUACUCCAAGAAGAAUUAUUGGAGUUAUUCCAAGAAGAUCGUCGAACAAUGAGAGAAGAAUGCAGAGCAAUUAUUCAGAAAGCUCAAAAUAUAAAAGAAAUUUAGACAAAAGCGAAAAUGCAGUACAGAAUACAAAAAGGAGAUUUAGUUGCAAUAAAAUUUUUUUGAAGUAAAAAGUUAUCGAACAAAUUUAAUGGACCUUAUAGAGUCAUUGAAAUCAAACGCAAUGGGAGGUACUCUGUCAAAAAAGCAGCAGAUUUUAUGGGACCCAGGGUUACAUCAACUAGUGUUGAUAAUAUGAAGCUUUGGUCACAUUUCGAGAUUGAUGAAGAUUUGUCAUCUCAGAUUUGUCUGUCAGACAGAUGACAAGCUGGAUGACCGAAUGUAAUGUUGGCAACACCCUGUGUGAUGCUGGCAAGCAGCAACCAACUUCAAAUCUCAAGGAGUAGCGACGGUUGGCAAAAUACAGUUGGCGAACAGAGUUGGCAAAAGACAGUGAGCGAAGAAGUUGGCAAACGCAGCUGAUCAUAUAUUUUUCAAUUGAUUCAUUCUUCUUCUUCUUAAUUGGCGUAGACACCGCUUAUGCGAUUAUAGCCGAGUUAACAACCGCGCGCCAGUCGUUUCUUCUUUUCGCAACGUGGCGCUAAUUGGAUAUUCCAAGCGAGGCCAGGUCCUUCUCCACUUGGUCCUUCCAACGGAGUGGAGGUCUUCCUCUUCCUCUGCUUCCCGCGGCGGGUACUGCGUCGAAUACUUUCAGAGCUGGAGUGUUUUCAUCCAUCCGGACAACAUGACCUAGCCAGCGUAGCCGCUGUCUUUUAAUUCGCUGAACUAUGUCAAUGUCGUCGUAUAUCUCGUACAGCUCAUCGUUCUAUCGAAUGCGAUAUUCGCCGUGGCCAACGCGCAAAGGACCAUAAAUCUUUCGCAGAACUUUUCUCUCGAAAAGUCGCAACGUCGACUCAUCUGUUGUUGACAUCGUCCAGGCCUCUGCACCAUAUAGCAGGACGGGAAUUAUGAGUGACUUAUAGAGUUUGGUUUUUGUUUGUCGGGAGAGGACUUUGCGUCUCAAUUGCCUACUUAGUCCGAAGUAGCACCUGUUGGCAAGAGUUAUCCUGCGUUGGAUUUCUAGGCUGACAUUGUUGGUGGUGUUUACGCUGGUUCCAAGAUAGACGAAAUUAUCUACAACUUCAAAGUUAUGACUGUCAACAGUUGUUCACAUGAGCUAUGAGCGUUCUGCAGCAUCCCACAUUACAUCACCACACAUCACCACACAUCACAUCAUAUCACGUCACAACACCUCAUCACACAACAGCUCACAGCAUACCCCAAUACACACACACGCAUCAAACACCGAUCACUACUACAACACUGCAACACAACAACCAUACGAUCAUCAACGAGACGACUCAUAAUGUUAGCCAAUAUUCACCACCCAAACCAUCAAAAGGGAUUGACCCGACCGGGAUUGGUCUCUUUUCCGUUCCAUCCGUACAGCAAGAAAGUCGUCCGUGAUAGCCAGUUGUCUUAAUUUAUUUAACCGCAACCAUCACCGCAAUAUCCUUUCUUUUCAUCAAAUCGCCAAGUGACGUGAAACAACAACAGUGUCCAACAGUGGAAUAUACACCGAGUUGUAUACAAAUAACACAAGGUUCUACUGUGACAUAAUAAAGUGAAAUAAAUAUUUUAUAACGUGUGAAAACCAGGGCAUUUAUUUUCCAACUCAUAGGUAUACUAUAGAAAGUAAGUAUAUCAGUGCCACACGUUACCAUAUGGUCCUUCGAGCCUUUCAGAAAGGCACCUAAGAAAAAAGAUAAAAUAAAAAUUUCAAUAACUUCCUGGCAAGUGCGCAAGUGGUUGAAGCACAAAAUUCGUCAAAAAGAGGAAGAGUUUAAGUGAACAAAGUGAACGUGAACAAAUUAAAGAACAAAAUUAUAGUGAAAAACGAAACAAACCACAGAAUCGCACAGAAAAUAGAAAGUGAUGUGAAAAAGAUACAAAAAAGAAAUUAAAACAUAAGGUGAAAAAAAAAAAAAUAAUAAUAAUAAUAAAAUUCUAACAUCAAAACGGGCGCGGCAAUAAUACAACAAAGUUUGUCAAACAUAAAACCUAAAAUCGGAAACGGGCGCGAAAUAAACUAAAAACCAAAGCAACAAAACCAAACCCUACUAACAUCAAAAACGGGCGCGGUAAAAUCACAAAGUUCAACAAACAUACAAACAUUACUCUAAAACAACAAACAGGCGAUAUACACAGGCAUAUACACAAAUCACAAUUACCAUAAAUUGUCUCGGGAGACUACACCAACAACCAACAAAGAGAAAGACAGCAAAUCAGCAGGGACAGCGUUGGACAUACAUACAUAAAAGGGAAAGGAACUGCAAUAAGCAAAAAAAGGGUAUAAGUUCAAUGACCCAAAACCCUUGGCGGAAAAUAAAGUGAGUCCGUUCCAUAUACACAUAAUUUGAUAUAUACAAAUAUAUAAAAUCCAUUUUUUAUGCACAUAUAUAUGUAUGUAUGUUAAGGUACAGUUUGAUGGUAUUUCGGGGCACCGUUAACUGUUCUUAACAGUUCGAUAUAUGUAUAUCUACAAAAAAUAAUAACUGCAAAAAAGUACAAGUAUCCGCUUUUUGCUUAACUUGUGUCGUUAGGCACCCGAUUAUAAUUUCAAAAAUAAAAAAUUUUUCUUAAGUCAAGUAUAUCUUGCAAUAAUUCUUGCGAUACCCCUUGGGCUAUAAAUAAAAGCAACAAGCAGGAUCGCUCAAACCCUAAGCAAAGGCGGAAGAUACUAAAAGAAAACGAAAUACAUAUAUACAUACAUAUAUAAAAAAGAAAACAUACAUAUAUAUGAGCAUAUUCUCAUAAAAUUGCAAAUCUUCCAAUUUUAAUAUACAUGCAUGUCUAUAUAUUUAUAUGCAAUCAUAUAGUACAUAUGUACAUACAUACAUAAUUUAGCAUAAAGCUAUAGCACAUAAUAAUACUAAACUACCUGCUUGAAUGUUCAAAUCGUGUCUCCAAACACACUACCAAAAACCAUAACAAAAACAAUUCACAAGACAAGUACUCGUUGCUUGCAAAAUUCCAGCGAUACCCCUUGGGCUUUAAAGCAACAAGCUGGAUCGCUUAGAACAUUCAAGCAAAAGUAGGUAAAAAAAAAAACGGAUAAAGAAAUAAUAGAAAGGAAAAAAGGCAUUACAUUUAUGUACAUAUGUACCUAUGUGCCGGUAAGCAUAUGCAACUCCCGUGCGACAUACAUCAACUCAUAUACAUAAUUAUAAAUAUAUAAACAUACAGAUAUUAUUUAUUUCAAUUUUCUUUUUCUAUUUUCUAAUAAUAGUUCACAUUUGAACUACUAUUCAACACAUAUACAUACAUACAUAGAUCAUUACAUAAAUAAAUGUAUAAACAUAUACAUAUUAUAUAUUUCUAUUUUUUCCGCGCGUUUAUACAUUUAUGUGCGAUUAGCGAAGUGUUAUAUGUUACACUUUUAUAACAUAUAUACAUACAUAUUUAGCGAAUUGAUAACGACAAGGGAUACGAGAAAAGCUAAACAAAAACAAACAUAUAAAGCAUAUGCAUAUGCAAACAUAUGGUAAUAAAACAUAGAUACAUACAAACAAUUUUACGUAUUUUAUUUUUCUUUCGCGUUCUUGAUUCGUGCAGAUACAAUUAUACAAAAUAAGCGCGAGUGAACUGAAGAUACUUUGAUACACUUUAAAAAAAUUUUCAGUCACAUUAAAAAAAUAUAUAUAUAUAUAUAUAUAUUGGACUUUUUCAAAAAAAAACAAAAAAAAAGGAUUAAUCUCUGCGGUAGCGAAACGAAAAUUUGAUCACAUUAUAUAUAUUUUACAAAUAUAUACAUAUUUUUACAAAAAUUAAUCUUCUAUCAACAUAAUUUCUAAUUUAUACUUUUCCUAUUUGACUACAUUGCUGUAGCAAUAUUAAUUUUGAAACAAUUAUUUAGUUGACAAAACUUUAAGCUAAAAGCUUCAAACUCAAUUAAUGCAAUCUGAUAAAUCUAAAGAAGUUUUAUUGGAAAUUCCAAAAAUGGCUGAUGAUAAUAAAUCACAAAGCACACCUGCAGAAGCUACACGCUCAAAGCAGAGUAUAAAACAAAAAAGAUCAAAAGAUCAGACAAUAUCAAGAUUCUUCACUGAAAGUGACAGUUUUAUAAGAUAUUGUACCCGAUUUCAAGCUUCCUCUAUUACUGACAUCACAGAAUCAGUUUUAAAUAUAAAACUAGAAAGUGUGAACAAUCUCUGGGCUCGCCUUCUGGCAGCGUACGAUACAGUACUAGAUACUGACGACGCAGAACUCCCAGAAAACGCAAAAGCUUCGGCGACAGCCAAAUGUGAUAACUGCCGCGAUCAGUAUGAGUUAACAAAGGGAAUGAUAAAUGAACAAAUAAGUUUAGUAAGGCCAAGUAGAGCCACUACUCCCCCUCCCAGAGUAGUUACAACACCAAAAGAUGACCUAGAUAAAGGCAUGUAUCUAAAGGUACCAGCUUGUGAUACUGAAGUUUUCAAUGGAAGUUAUGACCAGUGGCCGUCCUUCCGGGACAUGUUCACUGCCGUUUAUAUAAACCAUCCUAAACUUUCACAAGCACAAAAGUUAUACCAUCUAAGGUACAAAACAAAAGGGGAAGCAGGCAGUAUCGUCAAGCGAUUCGCUAUAAAUGACGAAAAUUUUAAGCUGGCUUGGGAAGCACUAGUCGAAAGAUACGAAAAUGGAAGGGUUUUGAUAGAAAACCCAAUAAAAACAUUAUUACAUCUACCAAAAAUUCAAAAAGAAACCAGCCAGGAAUUUCAAAAUUUAUACUCGACAGUGACUAAUUGCAUAUCAGUGUUAAAAACACAAAAUAUCUCCACAGAAUCGUGGGACCCAUCAUAGUAACUAUUUGUGCAGAAACACUCCCUGACGCUGCGUUACUACGAUGGGAACAAUCACUUGUGGAAAGAAAAAAAAUGCCCACAUGGGAGCAAAUGAAAGCAUUCCUUACUGCUCAAUACGAGAUAGCUGAGCGAAUUGACAACAAAAAUAUAAAUCUAAAAAGUCAUCAAAAUGACUCAAGUAAAACCUUGUUCAAACCGCAAGCCAGCAACAAUAUGCAAUACAAUAGACACGUUAAUAAAAGUCACACUUUCGUGUCAAACCAAACUAAUAAAUGGCAACCAGUAUGUGAAAUUUGUAAGGGAGGUCAUAACAUAAGAUCUUGCGAGAGAUUUAAAAAAUUAUCCGUAUCUGACAGAAACAAUCUUGUCAGACAACAUAAACUUUGCAUCAACUGUCUGUCGAAUGCUCAUACGACAAAAGACUGUGAAAGCAAAUUUAGUUGUGUGUACUGUCAACGAAGGCAUCACUCAUUGCUUCAUAUUACGAACUUUCAAAAUAUGAAGCAAAAUCAAUUUCAUAAAACCACCGGGUUAGUCACUACAACCAAAAGUGAUAAUCCCGAAAUCUCAAAUCCCGAAAAAAGGGAAGAACAAUCAUGUUGCUCUAAAGCAGCAAAAAUUCAAGCGCUUCAUUCAGAAAAUGAAAGCAAAAUUCUUUUACCCACUGCGGUCAUCACCAUAGCACAUAAGGGUGAUUUAUUCAAACUAAGAGCACUAAUAGAUCAAGGAUCUCAAAGAUCCUUUAUAUCAUCAAAAGCUCAAAAUCGGCUCAAAUUGCCAAUAAAACAUUCAAAUUUCCAAAUCUCGGGAAUGGGCGGAAGAAUUAUCCAAAAUUCGAACAAAAUAUGCCCAAUUACGAUAGUAUCUCCAAAUGCGGAUAUUAGAAUAGAUGCGCAAGCUAUCGUUCUACCGCAACUUACCAAUUUGCUUCCAAGCUAUGAAGUAAAUAAAAUACACUGGGAAAAAUGCUCACAUCUUAAAUUAGCAGAUCCCAAUUGUCAUACCCCAUCACAAAUCGACAUAUUAUUAGGCAGUGACUUAAUACCUCAAAUAAUUCUUGAAGGUAUUGAGAAAAUCUCCAAUAAAUUGUUAGCCCAAAAUACAAUCUUUGGGUGGAUUAUAAGUGGCCAAGUCCCUGAAAAAAUCAAUUCUUUCACCACACAAGUGGAAAACAUUUCAAACGAAUUUUUAAAUAAUCAACUUAAAAAAUUUUGGGAAAUAGAAGAAUUACCCCAAAUCACCCAGCUUUCAGAAGAAGACCAGGCAUGCGAAGCCUAUUACAAAUCCACAACAACAAGAAACGAACAUGGUCGUUAUGUUGUGCGAUUACCUUUCAAACCAACUUUCCCUGAAACCAUAGCUCUAGGCCACUCUAGAAUAUCAGCAGUCCAGCAAUUUCUAAGCCUGGAAAAAAGCCUGAUAAAGAAAAGUGAGCUUAAAUCGGCAUACGAUAAUGUGAUGGACGAAUGUCUUGGCCUCAAUCAUAUGGAAGAAGCUGUACCAUAUGAAAAAGUAUCUAAAGGUAGAUAUUUAUCUUUUUAUCUGCCACAUCAUGGGGUAAUAAGACCUGAUAAAAUUACAACAAAAGUACGAGUGGUUUUCAAUGCCUCAAAGUGUACGAGCUCAGGCAAAUCACUCAAUGAUGUACUAUACACAGGGCCAACAUUACAACCUGAUCUCAUGUUGCUAAUUCUAAAUUGGCGCAUGUUUAAAUACGUUUUCAAUGGGGAUGUAGAGAAACUGUACAGACAAAUUCUAGUACAUGAAGAUGACCAAGAUUUCCAGCGUAUAGUCUUCCGCAAAUCAAGUAAUAGUCCAAUCAGCGACUAUAAACUUAAAACCGUCACCUUUGGCAUCAAUUGCGCACCCUAUUUGGCGAUCAGGACACUACAUGAAGUGGCAAAAACAAAUGCAACAAAUUUGCCUUUAGCAUCUUCUGUGUUGCAAACACAAACAUACGUGGACGACAUACUAUCAGGUAGCCACAGUUUGUCCUUAGCGUGCGAAUCACUAUCUCAAGUGAUCAAAGCACUAAAUUCAGCGGGAUUCCCCUUAAAGAAAAUUACUUCAAAUCACUCUGAUAUAAUAAAAGACAUUAAAAAAGAAGACUUAUUAGAUACAGACUUCCUUAAAUUUGAAAAGGCUAGUACAACUAAAACUCUAGGAAUUCAAUGGAAUGCGAUAACAGAUCAAUUCUCAUAUACAAUUGAGUCAAUAUCUGCAAUGUCCGCCAUUACAAAACGCCAAAUACUUUCCUCGGUGGCAAAACUUUUCGACCCCGAAAUCUUUGGUCAGACUCAGAGAUAG